AUGCCCGGUGCCGCCCCAGACACCCUCAUCGUCGGUCUCAAGGAGAUCCCCGAGGAGGAUUUCGCCCUGAAGAACGACCAUCUCAGCUUUGCGCACUGCUAUAAGCGCCAGGGAGCAGGUCCUGAGCAGAUUCCCCCGCGGCGGGAUUGGACAUCAUCCAGGCCCGGCGUGCAAUCGAAACGCUUCAUAAAGAACGAAAACAGUUCUGCUCAAGAGAGUGGCGACGAAUAA